AUGGUUGCGAUCGAGGUUUUCCCGGUUCGUUCCAACUUUGUGGUUUACCGGACAAACAAAUUCAUCGGACAGCCACGGAAACAUCCGCUGCUCGUUGCUGCAAAGCUUGACGCAAAACGGCCGCUGCAGGAUGUCAGCAGCGACAGAAAGCUCUCUGAAAGAGACAACUUGAGCUCAAGCCGCAAAUGGAAGAAUUUUGAACGGCACCGAGAUGACCGGUCACACUAA